CGAACCAGUCACUCGUUGAGAACCAACCAUGCUCUCCCAAGGUCAAGGUCGGGACGUGAAUUUCGACUGACAAUGAGCAAGGAUGGGUGCCAACAACAGACGAGAUCAUCGGCAGGAGCCUGAGGCCAAGGAGAGAUUCAAGGUGUUGACACUAAGAUGAAGCCCAGAGGGAACACAGGAGGGAACGAUGGAAGACACCAUGGGAGUUAUUUGUAUGUGGCGAGAGCUGCUGGUGGUCAAGUUGGGGUCGUUCGCGGAAUGAGAACUGGGUUCAGCCUGGUUCAAAGUCACGGAUUGUGUCUAGUCAUAACAAACGCAUUCUGUCAACAAAUGUUAUUUCCGUCCUCAAGCCUGACUCUGCAAUCAUGUCACAGCUACAGCUGCAAGCGGCUCCCUGACGAUGGGAAAGACAGCCAGCUCAGAGGAUCUCAAGGCUGCGCUUGCAAACUACAGCGGCGCCCUUGAGCUCAAAGCAGCUUCGUCCAAGACGUCCAAUGACCUUGUCGCGCUCGACGCGUGGUUUCGAGGCGACCUCAGAGAGCGUAUCCAGACGGUGGGAUAUCUCACAAAAGAAGAUAUCGUGAAGCUUAUGAAAUGGAAGCUGGCUAGGGGCAAGUUCCGGCCCACUCUCAUGAGCCUCGUCUCGUCUAACGAUAGCAAAGAUGUGGAAGCCAUAACGAAGGAAGCACUCCAGCUAGGAACCGCCGCACCGUCAAAAGUGAUGAACAAACUUUGCGAGCUGAAAGGCGUGGGACCCGCGACUGCCUCGGCCAUCCUUUCCACAUAUGCAUUCGAGGACGUUCCCUUCCUCUCCGACGAGGCAUCCCUCGCGAUGGGACUCGGCACGCCCAAAUACACGGCCAAAUACUUCGAGCAAUUUCGCGAAGCGAUGCAGCGCCGCCUGCAGGCAGAAGAAGGUUGGAAGACCAUGGAGACGUUGGAGAUGGCCUGCUGGGCCUGGGUCGUGCUGGGAUCGCAGCCUGCACAGUCUACAUCAACAGUGGAAUCCAGCUCGACGAAACGCUCUGCCCCUGCAGAUAACGGUGAGAGUGCACUGAAAGCAGGCAAGCGGCCGCGACAUGGAUCCAAAAAGCAGUAGUAAAUGGCCUUUGCAACAGAAUGCGAAUGAUUGUAUAAGUACAGGUGUGCGACCUGUAGCAUGGGAUUGGUACGAAUCCAAAUUGCGAUGAUACUGGCCACACACAGCGCCGGCCCACAGGUUACUCGGGGUUACUGCGAUGAAGACUAGUGAGGCACGUCUUCAUCCUUGUCGAAAUACGUAGAAGUCCAAGGAGGGACCUUGCGCCACGUCUCGCCCUUUCGGAAGAACUGCCGUGUGAGUGGAACCAGGGGCAAUGAAAUACACGCAACGAACGUAGUGGCCCAAUGAUUGCCGAAACUCUUGUAUUCAUAGCUGGUGAGCAAGGACAGACAAACGGGAUAAGUGUCAAAAAAUAGAUAUUCUGGCAG